AUGACGCCCAACCCGAAGAAGACGGGUGCCGUUGCAUCAACGCCGACGUCUGCUGGCACCUAUGAUCCCCACGAAUUGCCGGAUUACGACACCGAUUUUAUUCGACGCGAAGACCUGGAGAGUUUUGCAGAAGCCCUGACCGCCCCCACCACCGAGCCCGUGACGGCUUUGAACGAUUGGGGUCCAGUGCGGCAGCGUGUGAAAAGAAGUCGAGUCCGACGGAAAGCAGCACCGCGAUCCAAGGAUGAAACCCUGUUUCUCUUCAUCAUUUACAAUCUGACCCGACUCUACAUCUACGCCUACGAGCACGUGUUUUCAUGGACUGGGGAACGCGAGAGGUUGCGCAGACAACUCCAUCGAGCAACCAGUUACGACGAAUGGCAGGAAGCCGCCCGCCGUCUUGACCAGUAUCUUGGCAACGAGGAGUGGAAACGCUCCGACCCAUACUCGUAUUACAACCACCAGACGGUGAGAAAGGUCACCUCCCAGUUGGUUGAGCUCCAUCAGAGGGCCAUAGCCGAGUCGGAAAGACUUCAUGGCGGCAAUGGCAGUCUCAUGGCUCUGGAUGAGUUGAAGUCAUUACUCGAAAGCUGCGUCAAGAAUAAUUUCGUGGGAGUGGAGAAUCCACAUCUGUACAGUGAGACAUAUAUUGGUACCAAGGACCUGGUCCAGAACUUCGUCGAUCAAGUUGAGCAAAGCCUUCAAUUCGUUCUCCGGAAUAGACACAUGACCGAUACAGAAAAGGUAUCCUUCUUCCGGCAUCUUGAGCUGAACUAUGGGCGCACGGCACUUUGCCUUUCCGGGGGUGCGACCUUUGCUUAUUACCAUUUCGGGGUCAUCAAAGCGCUCCUCGAUGCUGAUCAGCUUCCAGAGAUCAUCACCGGUACAUCUGGCGGCGCUCUGGUUGCGGCAUUGGUAGCCACCAGAACGGACGACGAAUUAAAAAAACUCCUGGUACCGGCAUUGGCGUAUCGGAUCAGAGCUUGUCAUGAAGGAUUUACCACGUGGAUGCGCAGAUGGUGGCGUACAGGGGCGAGAUUCGACUCUUUAGACUGGGCAAUGCAGUGCAGCUGGUUUUGCCGGGGCUCGUUGACUUUUCGAGAAGCGUACCAGAGGACUGGGCGCAUCCUCAACGUGUCAUGUGUCCCCUCCGAUCCUCACUCCCCGACAAUCUUGAACAACCACAUCACGAGCCCCGACUGCGUCAUAUGGUCCGCGGUGCUUGCGUCUGCGGCUGUUCCUGGAAUCCUCAAUCCGAUCGUGCUCAUGCGAAAGACGAAUGACGGAAAGCUUGUCCCCUACUCGUUUGGCAACAAAUGGAAAGAUGGAAGUUUGCGCACAGAUAUUCCCUUGAAAGCGCUCAAUAUCCACUUCAACGUCAAUUUCUCGAUUGUUUCUCAGGUCAACCCGCACAUCAAUUUGUUCUUCUUCUCACCUCGGGGCUCGCCAGGUCGGCCAGUGACCCACCGCAAAGGUCGAGGCUGGCGUGGAGGAUUCCUUGGCUCGACCAUUGAGACCUCAGUCAAGCUCGAUCUGCAAAAAUACCUGAAGAUUUUACGGCACCUUGAAUUACUGCCUCGACCGAUGGGCCAGGACUGGAGUGAGAUUUGGCUACAACGAUUCUCCGGCACGGUGACCAUCUGGCCCAAGACCAUCGCCAGUGACUUUUGGAACAUCCUCAGCGACCCUAGCCCCCAACGGCUUGAUCGAAUGCUCAUCGUUGGUCAACGUAGCUGCUGGCCCAAGAUUCGCUUUAUCUCCAACCGCUUGAAGGUUGAACGAGUCAUCUUGGAGGGCUUGCGGGUGGGAGGACCGAUCGAUGAUGGUGCACGUGUUCCAAACCCUAUUCUCGAGCAGCAGGCACAGGAGGCUCUCCUCCGCGCCAGGAGACGACCCGCCACCGAUGAUAAUACGUCGUCCACGGAAGACAAUCAUCUCAAAGCCACCGUUUCCCCAGGACGCAGGCAAAGCAGUAUGCUCGAGGAACUUACACGACAGGCUUCCGUGCUCUGGCAUGACGACGGCGUCACGGAAGGAGAGGAUGAUGCUGUCACGACUGAUGACGCUGAGGGCGAAGAUGGCGUGGUGCAGCCCCCUGCCGAAAUGACACGAUGA